UACAUGGGCCCUGGGCGAGGCUAGACAAGUAAGCUGUAUCCUCACCUGUGGAGCAGAGGUGCUCACUUACACCAAGCCUCACCUUAAACCCUCCUUUCAUACGUUAGGAACCGUCUAAGUGCUCCAGAACUACUCCACCAUUAGUGUGAUAUAUAAAGAACGUGCUGAGAUACGUGAAAACUGAAAGGGUGAGACGUAGGAGUGCGUGGAGUGAGUAGGUUUGACUCAUGGUGUGGAGAAGAAAGGAACACUGCGGCCUGAGUCGAUCAACUAAACACGCACCAUACAAGUGUCACGUCCUGCACAUGACACAGUGAGAGGAGCGACGCGAAUACCGUGAAAGGGGAAGGUUUCGGCGACGUGGCUUAUCACAUUCAUUCCAGCUCAUCUGUAAAUGUGAGGAAAGUUACGAAACUCAACUUUACGAGGGUCGGAAAGUAAAGUUUAUGGGCGUGUGCUAGUGCCUGUGUGAGUGACCGAGAAGUGAGUUGAGGGCGUGAAGCCUUGAACAUGGUGGUGCCUCCGAGGGAACGACGCACAACAGCAGGAUGGUGGGCUAUUGGCUUCCACAUCCUGGCCUUCCUCCUCAUUACCAUAGGCAUGUUCACUACGUACUGGCUUCAGGCGGAAAAGAAAGCCUACGGAACAGCCAUGGAUAGAAUAGGGUUGUGGACGCAGUGUUUCCGAAGUCUGACAGUAUCUGAUGACAUCUAUCGCACAACGUUCUUCGUGGGAUGCCGGUGGCUGUUCGACCCCUUCACCACCGGAUACGAGGAAGUGCAGAACAUGAUGCAAACCCCAUUCUUCGUGACAGUACAAGUAUUCUACACAUUCUGCUUCACACUCUCCUUGAUCGGCACAGCUCUCACAGGCAUCCUUGUGCUGUGUCCAGGUGAAGACUUUGAGCGGUCGGUCCUCAAGCUGGCCUACAUCGACCUCUUCAUCUCAUGGGUCUUUGGCUUCAUUGCUGUCAUUGUGUUUGGAGCAAUGGGAGACAACAGGGACUGGAUGCCACACUGGGAUCACAACCACCUCUCCUGGUCAUUUGGUUUGGCUGUGGUUGGGGUGGUGGCAGAGUUUGUGGCAGCAGUGCUUUACUGGGUGGAGUACCGCAUCCAGAAGCGCAAGGAAUCCUACCGCCAGAGCCACGGUGUCUUCACCCUCGAAGGAACAAAGUCUUAACUGAACUUUGCAAGAACUGUUCUUUCAUUUCCAGGAUGCAAGCAUUAGAUUUUGUCACUUGACUGUUACUUUAGUUUUAUCACUUUGAAGGAAUACCAGACUGACCAAAGGGUGAGAAAGUUAAAUGAAUAUGUGUGUAAAAGUUGUAUAUGUUUGGUAGGUGAAGUAACACCUAGUAACAUAAACUAUACAGGAAAAGUCUUUAUAAUAACAGCAUAUUCAGUCACAAAGUGAGUGUGUGUGAAUCCUAUUUUUUAAAGAUCUUUGACUGUGCUGGUAACAAGCAUAUUCUCCUGUAGUAUGCAGUGGCACCUGCCACUAAGAAAGAAUAGCAUCAUUAUUACAGGUCAGAAAGAUAGAAACAUGGUUGAUAAUGCAUUUUUAAUAGACUUGUGGGCCUGCAAGAUGUCUGCCAGCUCACGUAAAGACAGCUUGGAAAUCAAAUUUUUUUUGUGUAUUUUUUUGUAAGAUUAAUUUAAGGAUGUACAUAUUUGAACUAUUUUAUAAAUUAUUUUAACAGCAAAGAAAUUGACUAGAUUUGCUAUUUUGUUGAAAAUUUAAUAUUUUAAAUGAGCAGAAGUUGUAGGCUGAGGCCAAGUCAUUACAGUGACAUGGUGCUCCAGCUCUGUGUUUGUUGGAAAGCUUCACAAAAACAUCUGCAUUGUUUGUAAGAUAGUUCUAAAAUCAGUAUCGUAAUUCAUUCCUCUUCAAGAAUGUGGGACACAUUUCUACCUGUUUAGCUUUGUCUUGUUUAUGGAAGGACAUCAAACAAUUCCUAGUUACAUAAGGAAACAUUGCUGCACACAUUUGUUAACAAUAGUGCAAGGUUUACAAAUCUAGUGAUGCAGUGAAAUUCUGGCACAGUUUUCAUUGCAAUUUCCUGAUAAAGUAAAAACAUGAAUCUCUCAGGAUAGUCAUCUGUAGUUCUUAGACAAGUUCAUGUAAAUAUUUGCAGUCAUAACCUAUGUUUUGUAUGUUUUAUAAAGACUGACAAAGCCGUAGUAACUGUUCCGUCCUUGCCACUGUUUUCCGUCCACUGUGCUGUGACCAAUCUGGCAGUUGAUGAUAUGGUAAUAAUAUUUAUAGUAUUAACAAUAUUAAUAAGAAAAUCUUCGACCUCCAGUUCACAAGUCAUUGAGAAGGAUGUGUAAUAUAUACAAGGUUUCUAUUAACAUAUCUAGCCAAGUGCCACAUAAGAAUACUGAGUUCAUUAUGCCAACCCUUUUAGGAUGAAACAUUCGACCAAUAAUGAAAAUACUUGUGUAUAAAAGAUCAAAUUUCAACAUGUCAUUAACAACUGUCUGCUUUACAUGGUUACUGAGAUGUAUGUCAUUUUGAAAAGGGAAGAUGUCUUUUCUACUUGUAAUCUUUCUGGACCUGCAGUAAGAUAUGUUAAUACGUGCCUCUUAGAAGUGCUAAGAUGUGUACCACAUGAUUUAGAAUUCCACAUUGUUUGGAAUUAUUAUGGUUGAGAAUUCAUAUUUAUUAACAGUGUGUUCUGCUCAAGUUUUUCAAAACAGUGCCAACCUUUUUUUUUCAAAUGUGGUACAUGAUCAUAAGUGGAGGCAGGCAGCUCGAAAGUGUAAGGCUCGCAAGGCUGUGCUGGGCAUGUUUGAACUGAAGGAGUUUCUCAAUAAAGUGAGAGUUUUUU